AUGGAGGAGCACCAUGUCCACUGUGUGUCCUGUGUGAAUCAGAGAUGCAUGACAAGACCUCAACCAGGCAUUUCUUGUGAUCUCAUCUCCUGUCCUCUGGUGUGUGGGGCUGUAUUUCAUUUUUGUAAAGCCGCUGAGCACCGCCUUCUGUGCCCACUGGAGAGGGUUCCCUGCCUGAACAGUGGCUAUGGCUGCCCUGUCUCCCUUGUGCGAAACAGGAUGUCUGCUCACCUUGAGGUGUGUCCAGCUGGGGUGGUAUGCUGUACAAUGGAGUGGAACCGAUGGCCUGUUAGCUGUCUGGACUACACUUCCUAUGAGAGCCUGAGUCGGGGGAUGGAGGAGGUGGAGCAGCUGGACAUGGCGCUCGCCCUUCAGGACCAGCGUACAUUGCUUGAGUCUCUCAAGGUAGUUGCCAUGGCACCUACCAAAGAGAGAGAGGCAGUUGUCGCUGAGAGGGAGGAGGGUGGUUCCACAGGCUCAGCUUUGCCUGCAGCCUCUCUCCUGGCCUCCACUUCUGAGUCACCUCCACAGUUGUCAUCCUCAGCUCAGCCACAACCACCCCCACCCGGCUCAGCAAAGGAGAAAAUUGCCAACGGAAUUAAUGGUUUGAAUGAGGAGCAUUUCAGUAAACUCUAUGAGGCCACGGCUGAAACAGCAAGAAGCUUAGCUGCUGCCUUAGACAUCUUCAGCGGUGCCAGCCCAGCUGAGUGUACAAACAAAGAGGGCAGCAGCAGGAAUGCGGAGCUUCACAAUGGACUGGAGGCCAAAACACCUGUGGGUGCUCAGGGUUUUGAUGUAAGAGAGAUGGAUGAGCCAAGUGUUUGUUAUGGCUGUUUAAGUGGAAACGGAGCUCAAAAGAGACCAGAUUUGCAGAUUUUAGACACAACAAAUGGACCAGUGUCAGGGACUGUCGGGGUUCCUCUGGAGGCAGAGUGUUCUUUUAAGAGGCAGGAUGACAUGAAUGCUGAUGUCUCUCAGAAGCCACUGGCCUCUCUGAUGACACCACCAUUGCAUGUCAGCCAAGGUAUUGCACAGAGGGCUGGUCAUGUGGUGAUGGAAGACAGGGGGCUAGUCCUUUUAGAAAACCGUGGGCUAGAUAGGAAGUUUAACAGCCACCAGUUGCUUAGAGGCCCAGGCCAGUUUUCACUACCUACUGGGAGGAGGGGUCUGCUUCCUGAGCGGUCCCUCUAUAGAUUGCGACCGAAAAUGGAGGACAAGGCAGUGGAUACUUCAGACCUAGAGCAGGAGGAUGACCCCAUGGGUCUGGGAGAGAUUGAUCUGAUCACAGCCGCCCUGCUUUUCUGCUUAGAGGAGUCCAGAGAGUGUAGGAGGAUCUCAGACACGGUCUACAUAGAUGGCUACCAUGUUGACUUUGGCACACAGACUUUCACUUUCCCAGCAGCCAUCUUGGUAACUAACACUAGAGUGGGUGACAUGGCUUCUGCAUCUGCCUGUGACCAUGCUGCCCCCCAGCUUUCCUACCCCAGCCCUUUCCGCACACUCCGCCUCGGCCUUGUCCUGGAAGCUCUGGAGGUGGAGGAGGUCCCGCACAAUCGCUACCUCCCACCUAACCCCCGCUACCAGCACAUGUUCCCAUUCGUGUGUGGCCAGUCGUUCCGGCGGGACCAAUUUUCCUCGCACUUCACAAAUGUACAUGGUGAUAUUCACGCUGGCCUUAAUGGCUGGAUGGAGCACCGCUGCCCUCUGGCCUACUAUGGCUGCACAUUCUCCCAGAGGAGAUUCUACCCUUCCACUCAGGGGGCCAAAGUGGUUCAUGACAGGCAUCUCAGGUCCUUUGGCGUCCAACUAUGCCCAGGGGCAAAACUUCCAAGUGUCUCCCAGUCUGACCAGUUUAGUGAGCUUCCCAUUGAAAUAUUGUGGCACAUAGCUGGGUUCUUGGACAGCUUCAGCCUGUGCCAGCUGUCCAUGGUGUCACGGACUAUGAGGGAGGUGUGUGCCAGCUUCCUCCAGACCAGAGGUAUUGUGGAGCUGCAGUGGGAGCGAAAGCAGUACCCCACUGUACAUGGCACUGUCUCAUGGCAGGUCAAAAACAGAGUGUGGAGAUUCAGCACUGCCUUCAACCCAGUGAUGACGUGGGGUUUCACGGACCUCCCCAGCAUGUCGGACCAUCUGAAGAAGUGCCACUUCAACACAGUGGAGCGCAAGACGGAGCCUGUGCCUCUUCCUGCCAUGUGCACUGCACGGGAUGGACACUCCCUCCGUCGUGUCCUUCGUCAUAUCAACACCUGACCUUACAGCUGCCUAACUUCCUGUAGCUGCCCCACAGUCACUGUGUAAUUUAAUAUAAGUUUUAAAAGUUGGAUUUGUUUUCUGUUUUGCAAAAAAAAAAAAAAAAAACACUCCUGUGCUAAGGUCAAAUUACACUUCUGCGUUGAAGUAUUACCAUAGCUAUGCCAUAGUGGCCUGAGGAAUUGUAGUUCUGCAUUGGAAAGUCUGUACAUACAUUGAGCUGUUCACUGAAACACCAGAGAGAAAAUUAAAUCUUGACAGUGUCAAGAUUUAUUUUAUUUAUUUUGCACUUUUGGACGAAUUGGUGGGCUCCAAAGAGUUGUGAUGAUAUGGGAUAUUUUUCACUUUGAAUUUAGUGACAUCUUGCAGUUUGUAAAAUUUUGGGAUGGCAACAUCUCAGUUCAAGCUGGUAUAUAUCUUCACUCUUAAGCGGACAUUAACAGCAACACAUAGAAGGUGUGGAGGACUAUUUACUGAUCCUGCAGUCUUGUGUUGCCCCACAUAAAUUUACAUUUGGGGAGAAGUGUGCGUAAAUUACAGCAGCGGCCUCUGUGGGACAGUCCACAGCCACAACAGACGGUGUAGAUAUGGCCCCAUUUUGACAUAGAAGUAUAAAAUGACCAUUAUAGCAGAGAUGUGAGAGGAGAGCCUUAAUGAAAUAACACUUAACAUGCUACAGUGGAGGUCUUUGUGCUUGUGGGUGGUUCAUAAGAGGAACGAAAAUGCAGUUUAACAUUUAUCUUUGCAUGGAUUUGUGCUGCAAAUAUGCCCUAUUCUGGCAAAAUAUAUUUUCUUGAAGACACAUGCACAAUAGCAGAUUUAUAUUAUUCUCUGUGAGAUACUGUUCUGAGAAAGUGAAGAAAGGUGGAAAUGUUCUCACUGUCUUGCCUUUCAGUUGUAGCCAUGGGAUAAGCAAAUUAUUUGCCAUAUUGCACCAUUUUUUCAUAACAAGAGUUAUGCUAGCACUUUAAAUGAAAUUUGUGAAUCCCUCCUACUUUAAUCAGUUACAUAUUUUACCCAAAUGGUCAUCUAGUCUUUGUAAUCCCCACAGAGAGUGUCAUCCCAGUGGAAACUGGACUCUUGACAAGUUGUCUGGGUGGACAGGACAUGAAUGUCAACAAACAAGUCAUAACAGAAGCGAUGUCACGUGGAGAUAUCCCAAUAGUGCAUGUGAUUUGCUACCAUUUAAUAAAGUCUUUACAGCCU